GCUUCACUUUUUUUUUUAUUUCUUUCUAUUUUUAAGGUGACCGCCUUCAUCAGCGCUCUGUCCGCCGCUGGCCAGCCUGUGCGGCUGUGGGCAGCGUAAGAAAAAAUAAAUAUCGCUCUGUGCUCGGAUAUUCGACUGUGUUUAUUUCACCGAGAGCGAUCAGCACGGGCUUUGAGUGGACUAUCGAUAAGUUUCCAAUCAGAUUUGGUGAUCGGUGCGUCAACAGAGGAGGGGGCGAAGUCUGAGCUGCCAAAUUGGCCGCGAAGCGAGCUGAUCUCUUAAUGGACCGCUGAAUUGUUAAAUGACACAACGAUGGAUGUUGUGAUUUCGCUCCCGUGAUACAAGAUAGCUUAUCUGGAGCCACAGCGGCUGCCUGCCCGUCGCUUGCAUGCAUAGCCUUUGCAGGGUCAAGAUGCAGUUUCGGACUGUGCUGGACGUGAAAGUGGUGGACGUGGAGAAGAGGCGCAAUCCGUCCAAACACUACGUAUAUCUCAUCAAUGUCACCUACUCUGACAACACCUCCCACAUCAUCUACAGAAGAUACAGCAAAUUCUUUGACCUACAGAUGCAGAUACUUGACAAGUUCCCAAUUGAGGGAGGGCAGAAAGACCCAAAGAAGAGGAUCAUCCCAUUUCUCCCAGGCAAGAUCCUGUUCCGGAGGAGUCAUGUGCGAGAUGUGGCCAUGAAGCGGCUGCGUUUCAUCGACGACUACUGCAGGGCUCUGGUGCGACUCCCCCCUCAGAUUUCUCAGAGUGAGGAGGUGUUGCGCUUCUUCGAGACGAAAGCUGAGGACAUCAAUCCCCCAGUGGAGGACUAUGGCUCCAAGCGCAAGUCGGUAUGGAUGUACGGCUUUACAGACAGCCCGAGGAAAGAGGCCUCAGGGAUUGACAGCUCGGAGCCCAUGGUGCUGGAGCAGUACGUGGCCGUGGCCAACUACGAGAGGCAGGAGAACUCGGAGAUCAGCCUCAAGGCUGGUGAGACAGUGGACGUGAUUGAGAAGAGCGAAAGUGGUUGGUGGUUUGUCAGCACAGCAGAGGAGCAGGGCUGGGUGCCGGCCACAUACCUGGACUCCCAGAAUGGAACCAGAGACGAUUUGGAUCUUGGCACUUCCAGGACUGGAGAAGUUACUAAGAGACGCAAGGCGCAUCUGAAGAGGCUGGACCGCCGCUGGACUCUCGGGGGUAUAGUCAAUCGUCAGCAGAGCAGAGAAGAGAAAUAUGUGACGAUACAGCCAUAUGCCAGUCAAGGGAAGGAUGAAGUCAGCUUUGAGAAAGGGGUCACCGUGGAGGUCAUCCAAAAGAACCUGGAGGGCUGGUGGUACAUCAGAUACUUGGGGAAAGAGGGCUGGGCCCCUGCCUCAUACUUGAAAAAGGUGAAAGAGGAUUUCUCUCCCCGCAAGAAAACCCUGACAGGCCCUGUGGAGAUCAUCGGCAACAUCAUGGAAAUCAGCAACCUACUGCAAAAGAAGUCGGUCAGCGAGAAGGACAUUCAGACGGACGGAGAGAGUAGCACCACACCGGAGCGCCACAUCUCCAAGAGUGAGAUCAGCCUGCCCAUGCCCUAUAGCUCUGAAAUCAAUGCCGAGACAGGCAGGAGGCUGAGUGCAGGCCGUGACACCAACAGUCCAUGUCUAGGAAUAGCAGCAAGUGCUGCUCUAAAUGAGAAUAAAGGGAGAGGCGAGCCAGGGUCCCCAGCUGUUGCGAGAGUGGCACCGCAUAGAGUCGAAAUUGGCUUCGAUGCUGUAGGGUCUCCAAAUCUGAGACAAAAACCUCCCCCGAGGAGAGACACCAACUUGGGAUUCCAGUUACCUAAGCCACCAGAGCCCCCUGCUGUGGAAGCAGAGUAUUACACUAUAGCAGAUUUCCAGUCCUCGAUCUCUGAUGGCAUCAGUUUCCGUGGAGGACAAAAGGCUGAUGUGAUAGAGAAGAACCCUGGAGGCUGGUGGUAUGUGCAAAUUGGAGAGAUGGAGGGCUGGGCCCCCUGCUCCUACAUUGACAAACGCAAGAAACCCAACCUCAACCGUCGAACCAGCACCCUAACCCGGCCCAAAGUCCCCCCACCAGCUCCACCUGUCAAAAAACAAGAAUCUGAGGAGGCUCCCCCUCCUACUAACUCUGCCUCCAAAGUCUCAGAGCCACCUAACAGGCCUGUGUAUGAGGAACCUGAAUAUGAUAUUCCUGCAAUUGGAUGCGAAGGUGAGUCUGACACAGAUUCUUUGAAGGAUGAGCGCUCCCUGGAAGUGAAGAUCAGCACCGUGGUUGCUGACAAGUACCGCAACUCCCCUCCUUCCAGCAAGGCCUCCCCUCCUGUCUGUAAGGCAUCUCCUGUGUUCACUCAUCGAAGAGCCUCCUUCAGGUCUGUAGAGGAGGUUGCUAAAGAGGAGUGUAUUUACGAGAACGAUUGCUUCAGGCCAAGCAGUGGUGUUGAAGGAACCUCAGCCAAAGGUUCCAGUGAGCCCAGUUCCCCAAAGAGUUACCACUCCUCCACAGUCCCACGAAAACCCUCUGGGUCCUCACCAUUAGCUGGAAGGCCGAUGAAGACAAUGACACCAGAAAUGAAUCGGAGAAGCCAGACCCUGGGCAGACACAUAGAUAUCAGCUUCAGGUCCCAGGACAACAGCCCCCUUUCUUCAUCAGAUGAGUUAAGCAGAGGCCCCAAGAAAGGCCCUGCCUUCACCCGUGAUGUGGAGCAAAGAAUAGGUCAGAGCCCCUCCACCAGGCCCAAGCCUUCUGUCAGACCUAAACCACUUCUGACCAAAUCAGAGCCUCAGAGUCCUGAGAGGAUGGACAUCAGUUCUUUGAGACGGCAGCUGAGGCCUACGAGUCAGUUUCGACAUGGCGUCAAACCUUCUCGUGGAGACGACUCUGAAACAGCUUCUGUUAUCUCAUCAGAGGACUCGAUGUGUUCUCGCAGCACCUCAGAUCUCUCCUCUGUUUACUCUAAAGGGAGCCGUGGUGACUCCGAUGUGGAAGGCCCCAGUCUCUACCGCUCCCUGGAUGCCUACAAGAAGGUCCAAGACUCUGAGGUCAGUUUCCCAGCUGGGGUGGAGGUCGAGGUUCUGGAGAAGCAGGGAAGUGGUUGGUGGUACAUCCGUUGGGGCUCAGAGGAAGGCUGGGCUCCCUCAUACUACCUGGAACCUGUCAGACAAGUGGGUGAUGCUGGCGGGUUAGACUCAGAUGGACAUGGGAGUGGUGGGAGUAAGUCCAACAGCCUGGAGAAAAAUGAGCAGCAUGUUUUGACCCUCAAUAAUAUCAAUAUUCAGGGUCUGAGCCAGCAGCAUCAAAGCCUGAGAAGGAACACCCCUCCAAUACCCUCCAAGCCUCCGGGUGGCUUCUCAAAGCCGUCUGGGGUGGUUAACGGAGGUGUACGGAUGAGGAAUGGGGUACGCCAGGUGGCGGUGAGGCCUCAGUCAGUAUUUGUGACUACAACACAGCCAGCAAAGGAUGCACACUACAUGACAGGGUCUCUGAGGCGAAAUGAAUCACUUGGUAGAAGCGAUCACUACGGUUCUGGUUCUGCCACUCUUGGUGUCCGCCGAAAUGCUUCCUUCAGCACUGUGCGACCACAUGUAGUUGUUGAAAGUCAGACGAGGCCUGCAGAACGCUCCAGCUUGGGGUCCUCAGGAAGCGCAUUCAGCACAAGCAACGUCCAGGACGCCCUUAGCAGAGUUAACCAACGCAAUGGCAUUCCUGUGUCUACAGUCCGGCCCAAGCCCAUAGAGAAGAGCCAACUGAUCCACAACAACCUUGGCAGGGAUGUGUAUGUGUCCAUCGCUGACUAUCGUGGUGAUGAGGAGACCAUGGGUUUCACUGAGGGCACCUGUCUGGAGGUAUUGGAGAGAAACCCCAAUGGAUGGUGGUACUGCCAGGUGCAGGACAGCCUGCUUCCCCGCAAGGGCUGGGUCCCCUCUAACUACCUAGAGCGGAAAAAGUAAAACCAACCCCACAUCCUUCACUUACCCUUCAUCCUACUUCCCUCUUUUGAUGUCUCCAAGAACGUGGGUGGCAUCACCCCUCAAGAAUGUUACCCACAAUCUCCUGUAAGCAAUAUGUCCUUGAAAAUGUACAUUUAUGAAACGACUGUGUGUUGAAGGAAAGAUGUUUUAAUCUGACGAGGAAGGACACUUUUAGUGCUGGUUUACUAAAAUGUAUACAAAGACGAGUGUAAAGAGUUUAAAUAUUUUGGCUGGGAAUGAGCAGCAGAAAUAUGGGAUCGGUCGCCCCUGAGCCCCUGAGGGAGAAAAUUUGAGGACAUUGUCUUUGAGAUAUAAAAUAGUAUGAAUGGGAGUGAUAACCUCUGAAAGAGGUUUGCAUAUGUAAUGCGGAAGCUGAGCAGGGUAAUGGCUAUGCUUAUUCCUGCCCAUCACUGACUGAUGAUGGCCAAUAAGUGCCUUUUGUAUUUGAUCACCUGAAUGGAGGUCCUAAAUGGUGGAUGGCAAAACAGUAAAUCAACCAAAUCUCUUAAGAGUGCCAUAGACCUAUGAACACCACCAAGAGUAUUUCCAUGACCAAUUAAGAGGUACACUAUGGAUUGCAAACAGUGCAGCGUUUUAGUGUAGUGUGCCCUAAUUGGUCCAAUACACAGAUAAACAAAGAUUUAAGGAACUCAACUCACCAGAGAAUUAAUUCGUUUUAAGCCACAAGUCAUCAAGCUAAACUAAACUAAAACAACAUUUAAGUCUCAUUAUCAGUGCUUCUAUUUAGUUUCAUUGUUCAUGUUAUAAUGUCUUGUGUUGAUGCAAGUCUUCCUUAGAGAAUUAUUUCUGCUUUCUUGUGACAUCUAUUUUCCACCAACAGCCUUGAAAUGGAAGUGUUAAAGCUCCUGUCUCAUGUCGUGUACCAUCUGACACUGGCAGUAGGUGCUCCAGUUUUAUAGAUUGGCAUAGUUUUGUCAGAUCCUCAAGCCCCACAAAAUAUGUUAAUAUUCAUGUUUUUAGUCCCAGAUAUAGCUAUCUGGGAUAACAAAUGUAACCUGUGAAACUUGAAAACAACAGUUGGAUAUUUUAGUUCCCUGGAAAAUCAAAGGAACAACUUGUAACUUGAGUGCUCUCCAGAACAAAACCACCUCAUAUCGGGGUAGUAAAUACCCUCAAAAAAUGAGAACAAUUAGUUUACGUUAGGGAUUUAGGUUUACUGUAGUGUUUUAGCUCUAGGAACAAUCGAUUUUGUAUAUAUUUUAUUUUGUAUUCAUAUAAUAAUACCGCUGUUGUGGAGUUGUAUUAAAUAAAUACUGGAAACACGGUAAAAUAAUUGAAUCCCAGGGACAUAUUUGCAAAGCAUUUAACCCAAAAUGUGAUCAAACCAAAGAGAAAUAUCAUUUCAUUGGCUGUUUAUUUUUUAUUUUACUAUUUAUUUAUGGUACAGAUGAUACAGUUUAUUAAUCAAAACGAGGUUUCUGAACUGUAAAAUAUAGUUUUUGGAUUAGUACCUGGAAGCACUUGAUACAUUUUCUCAAAUAUUGAUCCACUAAAACAAGAAAUAAACAAGUAAGUUGAAAUAUUAGAUAUUGCUGUGCAGUAUUGGUUUUGACAUUAAAUAGACAACAACAUAAUUUAUCUUGUUCCAAAGUUUAGUUAUUUUUCCAUCUUUCAUAUCAUACGUAAUAAUAUCAUAUCAAUGAAACUUGGCUGCCACCUAAAAAUAUCAAGUUAGAAAUAAUUCUUCCACAAUUCUGAGCUAGAAUCCAACUUUCACAAUUUAAAUGGCUGAUGUUCAAGACUGCUGAAAUACAUUUUCUAACGAGCGGUGUAAGCUGUCGUUAUGAGGCUGAACACUAACUUUUGAUUAUGUUUCUGCUGGACAGUAUUAUAUUAUUAAACAAAGUACAGUACCUGCUAGAUUGCAGUUAUCUAUUUUAGCGAAAUCAUAUUUGUUGUUUUGUUUUGUUUGUUAAUUUGUUAGUUUGUGAUCACACAGUGACAAUAAUGAGGAACGAAGUGGUUCUGUUUUGUGAAUUGGUGCACUUUAAAAAUGUUUUUAUGGUGCAUUAAUGUAAAGAUGCAGUAAAUACUCAGCAUAUUAUUUAUUGAGCACAUUUUUGUAAUUAUUUAAUAUUUCUAUUCCUUUUUUCCUCACCUCCAAUGAGAGGUGGAACUCUAUAAAUGAGUUCUCUUCAUGGCAGCAAAUACGCCAAAGCCUCUGAGUAGAAUUGGAGAAAUAGAGACCUCUUGUGGCAGGUUACAGGUACAACAGCGUGAUUUUAUCCCAUCCACAAGGCUUGGUAAUCAGCCAUCCUACCUCAGUGCAAUAAGAAAUGCACUGCUGGUCAGUGAGUCUCCCCAAAAACUGUACAGAAAUUGAAUGUUUUUUUUCUCUUUAUUUUUAAUCUCAGUGCAGCUAAAAAUAUUUUUGUAGCACAUGUUUUGUAUUGGGCAAUAAUUUAUUUUAUUUUUUUCGAAAAUUAAAAAAGUUCCAUUUUUUUUCUCUAUGCUGUGUGCUGCAACUUUAGCAAAUCAUGGGCACUUCCUUCAUCUUUAUUGUGCUUUACAUAAUGCCGGAUUUGAAACAUAUUUAUUAUGAAUAGUUUUAUAUCUUAUCACGGUUUGACAAUCACCUUAUCACCCCUUCAAAGUAUCACUGUAUAGUUUUAUACAGAUUAUUUUUGUUAAACAAUUUGGACCUCAGUCUCACUAAUAAUAUGCAAAAUACAAAAUUUCAGCAGUAAAGGAAAAAAAGGAUCAUAAAGUCAACAUACAUGUAGUCAAGGUAUUUCCAUUAAUUUCAAUAAAUAAAAAAUUAAGGAUCCAUUAAUGAUAAAAUAAGGAAUUAGGCCAUUGAUAUUUGCUGUGAGGCAAAAAGGCCCUUUCCCAUCCAGACGAAGGCAUUAUGUAAAUGUGUUGAAUCACUUUUAACAUUUUGCUCCAGCACAUAUUAUUAUUGCAUACUGCUUUGUUUGAUCAAGCUGAAUUUACUUGCAAGGGAAUGGUUCUGUGUUGAACAUACAUUUAGCUGCAUAGCAUCUAUCUUUAUUCAUGCUUUUACUUUUUUUUCUUAUUUCCUCUUUCUGCCCCGUUUUGAUAAAUGCUAAAAUGUACCUGCGAGGAAAUGUGCAAUAGAUU